AGAGCCCCAGUAACCAGACAUCAAUAGCAAUGAUGCAAGAGCCUCAAGAAAUGGUGGAAGAGACAGUCACAGUGGAGGAAGACCCAGGCACUCCCACUUCACAUGUGUCCAUUGUCACUUCAGAAGAUGGCACCACGAGGAGAACUGAAACCAAGGUUACCAAAAUGGUCAAAACGGUCACCACCAGAACAGUGCGUCAGGUGCCACUUGGGCCUGAUGGCCUGCCCUCAAUGGAUGGCUCAUCUCCCAUGGGCAGCUACACAGAUUCAAUAGACAGAAGGUACAUGAAGAAUGGGGAGCGGUACAUCACGCCACAAGCAUCUUCCACGUUGACCAGAUCUUACAACAACUACAAUGAUUCUUACCCUGAAGGCCACGAAGGCCAGUAUCGACCUUAUGUUGGUCACGAUGGUUAUGGGGAUCUGUCUGAUAAUUACGGGAGCUUGUCUCGUGGUGUCAACUACCGUCCUCGCUACGCCUACGUGCCGGGAAGCAGUUACCGGCCAGACGAUGGUAGCUUCACUUUGCCAAGCAGAAGGGAUAACUACGGUCCUGUUGCCCAGCCUCAGGUGCCAGUGGGCAGCAACGUUGACUUGAAACGCUCCCAGCCAGAACGCUCCCAGCCAGAGCCCUAUGGACUGGAAGAUGAUAACCGCAGCCUUGGAGUAGAUGAUGAAGGAUAUGAACUGGAUCCUGAUUACUCCACUGUGAACCGGAGGACAUCUGCAGGUGUGCCAGAAAGAGGAAGACCUCACAAAGGAAGGGGCUACGAUGACCCCAUCGAGACAGAGAUGGUUGAAGAGAGGAUACCUUACCUUCAUGGUGGCUACGCAGCACCGCUGGCACAGCCAGAGAGAGGAAGCAUGGCUAGCAUUGACCGUCUGGGGAAGCGCUCCCCCUCUAUUGACAGCAUUCGUAAGGACCCCAGGUGGAGGGACCCUGACCUCCCUGAAGUAAUUGCCAUGCUCAGCCACCCUAUCGAUCCAGUCAAGUCUAACGCCGCAGCCUACUUGCAGCACUUGUGCUACGAGAAUGAUAAAAUCAAAAAGGACGUGAGGCAUCUUAAAGGGAUACCGAUCUUGGUGGGCCUGCUUGAUCAUCCAAAGCCAGAGGUCCAUCGUAAAGCCUGUGGGGCUCUCAGAAACAUCUCCUAUGGCAAGGAUAAUGAAAACAAGGUGGCUAUAAAGAACUGUGAUGGGAUCCCUGCAUUGAUCAGACUGUUGCGAAAAACAAACGACAUGGAAGUCAGAGAGCUAAUUACAGGCACCCUGUGGAACCUGUCCUCCUAUGAACCCCUGAAGAUGGUCAUCAUCAACCAUGGUCUGCAGACGCUUACCAACGAGGUGAUUAUACCCCAUUCCGGUUGGGAGAGCGAGCCGAAUGAGGACUCCAAACCUCGGGAUGCUGAAUGGACAACUGUCUUCAAGAACACUUCUGGUUGCUUACGCAAUGUAAGCUCAGAUGGAGCAGAAGCACGCAGAAGACUAAGAGAGUGUGAUGGCUUGGUGGAUGCCCUCCUUCAUGCUCUACAGUCUGCAGUUGGCAAGAAGGAUACAGACAAUAAGUCUGUGGAGAACUGUGUGUGCAUCAUGCGGAACCUUUCCUAUCAUGUCCACAAAGAGGUCCCCGGUGCUGACAAGUACCAGGAGCUAGACGCCAGUCAGACUACAAGCACGGGAGGCUCUCAGAAGAAGAAGAAAGACGAUGCCGGUUGUUUUGGUGGAAAAAAAGCGAAAGGAAAGAAGAAUGGAGAUUUGGACAGGAAUUUUGAUACACUUGAUUUGCCUAAGCGGUCUGAAGCAGCAAAAGGCUUUGAAUUACUGUACCAGCCAGAUGUGGUCCGACUGUACCUCUCCAUCCUCACCGAAAGUCAGAACUUCAACACUCUGGAAGCUGCAGCAGGGGCUUUACAGAAUCUCAGUGCUGGCAACUGGAUGUGGUCCACGUACAUCCGUGCAACAGUGCGGAAGGAGAGAGGCUUACCAGUGCUUGUGGAGCUGCUCCAGUCCGACUCUGACAAGGUUGUGAGGGCUGUGUCAAUUGCGCUGAGAAACCUUUCCAUGGAUCGUCGCAAUAAAGAUCUCAUAGGUAGUUAUGCCAUGGGUGAGCUGGUAAGAAAUUUGCCCAGUAGGCAGCAGAGAUCUGCAAAGAACCUGGAAGAGGAUACGGUGGUUGCAGUGUUGAAUACCAUCCAUGAAAUCAUUACUGACAGCUCCGAAAAUGCAAGGUCUCUGAUACAGACACAGGGCAUUCAGAAGCUGGUAGCUAUCAGCAAGUCAAGCCAGUCUCCCAGAGAGACAAAAGCAGCAUCUCACGUUCUUCAGAUGAUCUGGAGCUAUAAAGAACUACGAAAUGCUCUGCAGAAGGAUGGGUGGAACAAAUCCCACUUCCAGUCUGUUUCUGCAGCUCCGAAGGGUUCCAAAGGUACUGCUGGCAGGUCUGGCUACGAUGACAGCACUUUGCCUCUGGUGGAUAAAAGUCAAGAUAACGAGAAAGCUGGGAGUCGUGAUAUGAUACCUAUGGAUGAACUUGGCCCAGAUGGGUACUCCACUAUCGAUCACCGGGAGAAGGAGCGCAAAUACAAGACGACUGAUAACACAGGGGAUGCCUCAGAGAAAGAACCUUUAAAAAAUGACACAAAUAGGAAAAACAUUAACAGGAGUAACAGGGCUUCGGUGAAUCUGGUGGAUGCCCGUGACAUUAAACCCCAGCCUGUUGACUCCUGGGUCUAAUUUGCAUGCAUGGGCUAGAGUCCAACCACAUUUUUUUUAAUUGAGGGGGAGAAGCAAACAUUGAAUCGACACAGAGGAUCUCAUCAGUCACCACUGCCAUUCAGAUCUGGAGGGCGCUGCAUCACUGACCAGGCUGCAGAUUCUAGGAGGAUGUGGGGAGAAAACACAACUGACUGCCAUUGCCAGCCCUGGAGCACCAUGCCUUACAGCGAGACGAUUUGCUUUUUAACUCCGUUACAUUCCCACCAGAAAUAGCCACCGCCUCCCCCUCCCUCCCACUCCUGCACGAAGAAAGCAAGCAAGAAAAGAGAAUCCAAGUUUCCAUCUAGCUGGCUGUGUUCUUAGGUGACUCUUACGUGUGGAUGGUGCCAAGUAUGAGAAGUGAAGGUCACACGGCAGCAAAGAAGACAGCUUCACAAGUGAAAGAAAGUGCAGAAUAUUUGGAAUAAUAUCGUAGGUGUAGCCACGAAGAUAAUAGCACUUUUCUGGUUUUGGGCUCGUUGUUUUGGGUUUUUUUGUUUUGUUUUGGGGGGUUUCUUUUGAACUGUGAAUCUAACAUUUUUAAAGGCUUUUUGAAAAAAAGUGUAGAUUUUCUUUAUUAUUUCCACAGAAAGUGCUGGAAUGUUGAGUGGGUUUAUUGGAUUUCAAUGAAGGGAGAAAAUGCAGAACAAAAACUGUUAAACGCUGGUCAGAUGAACUGGAGAGUGGGUGACAAAAUUGAUGCAAGCUGUAUAAUCUGCUUUUAGAGUAAGCUAUAUCAAUCACAGUGCUAUAUUAUCAUUAUAAUCUGGUGUACAAUACUUCUGCCUUUUGAAUUCUGUAAUGCCUCUUUUUAUUUCCACAUACUGAAAAGCAGUUUAUUGAAGGUUACAGUUCCCCAGUUCAGAAAUCUAUGCUGAGAAAUGGAGUUGGCUGGCUUUUUAUUUUCUUGUUCUCAAAGAUUGCAAUAAGGAGCUUCUACAUUUUAAAUGUACCAGUGUUGCAUUGAUGAUGAUUAACAGUUUCUUUUGCCAUAGCUGUUAACAAAUUGGAAGAAAAUAGGAGCUUUUUCGUAGAAUGUCUUAUUUUGAACACGCUAUAAAUCGUAGAUGGGUCUGUGACUUAUGGUAAAUUUAUCAUUGUUGGAUCCAUGUUUGCUUUGGGCUAUAGAUCCUGAUGAAAAAUGCCACAAAGGGAACUGGUUUGGCAUUUUUUAAAUCAUCAUCAUGAUUUCUGUGUUUCUUUGGUUUUGUUUUGAGAUUAGGUAUUUCAUUGGUGUGAAAAUCACCCAUGUGCAACGGUUAUCCUCUAAGAUGCCAAGGCCUGCUUUGUGUAAGGGGGAGAUGUUACCUCACGAGAACGUACUCUGCAUAUAUGGUAUCUGGUAAUGCCAUGAACUAAAUGACUUCAGAUCACUGAUUUUCUCCAGGCAUUGGUCAAGGGAGGGCAGCAGAUGAGAAUAGGAAGCAAAUGUCUUACUGGUAGCACCAGAGGCCUUUUGCUGAUUUUAUUUGGUUGCCACUGUUCUUUGAUUGCCACAUUUAGUUUUAAACAAGCUCCUAAAAACGGUGUGACUGGAAAGCACAUUUCUGAAUCUAGAAACAUCAUUUGAGGUUUUCAGUGCCUGCCGUUUCCUUUGUAAUUAAGAAGGGGAAAUACCCAACAACCUCACCUCCUCCAAAAUAUUACUGUAAUAGUAAACAUCUAAAGCUUUUUGU